GGUGGCAGUGGCAGCGGCAGAGGAGAGGAGAGAAGUGGAAAGGAGAGGAAAGGAAGAACCAGGAGUGGUCGAGGACGGUGAGACGAGAGAUUAAGAGAAUAAGACAGAGAGAGAGAGAGAGAGAGAGAGAGAGAGAGAGAGAGAGAGGAGAAUGGUAAACGUUGAGUGACGAGAGAAGGUCGACGAUUCUCAACGGUCGACUAUCCACCAAUUAAUGGUCCGGCAACUAUUAUGGCAAUCCAAGAUCGCAGUUAGAAACAAGUAGAGUACGAAGUCCGCUAAUGAGACUGCAAUUGUAACUCAAUCGAAAUAUCUACAACAAAAUGUGUUCUUACUGGAUGAUUGAGCUGCCAUUCAUGGCGUUACUAUUGGUAUUGCAAUUUCAGUCGGGAUGUGCUCGGCGAUCAGAAAUCGGUGAUUUGCCGAUGGAAGAUGUAUUCGGGGGUCAGCGAAAAAUCUCAGGUGGGGGAUUUUAUAAGCAUUCUGAUUAUGAGGGACAAGGAUCGGCUACUUCGAGUCAAGCUAAUGUACCAUAUUUAUCUUAUCUGCCUCGGGAAAGAAAACCCAAUAUUGUUCUUAUACUUACCGACGAUCAGGACGUUGAGCUUGGCUCGCUGAACUUCAUGCCACGUACAUUGAAACGAAUCCGAGACGAGGGUGCCGAACUCCGGCAUGCGUACGUAACAACUCCUAUGUGCUGUCCAAGCAGAAGUUCCCUAUUAACGGGACGUUACAUGCACAAUCACGAAGUCUUUACCAAUAAUGAUAAUUGCAGUAGUCCUCAGUGGCAGAGGGAUCACGAGCCCCAUACUUUUGCAACAUACCUGAGCAACGCUGGAUAUAGGACCGGUUACUUUGGGAAGUACUUGAAUAAGUACAAUGGUUCAUACAUCCCGCCAGGCUGGCGCGAAUGGGGCGGCCUAAUAAUGAACUCGCGUUACUACAACUACAGCGUCAAUAUGAAUGGCAAGAAGAUAAAACAUGGCUUCGAAUACAAUAAAGAUUAUUAUCCGGAUUUAAUAGCCAAUGAUAGCGUCGCCUUUCUCAGACAGAGCAAGCACAAUUUCGCUCGAAAACCAGUGAUGUUAGUCGCCAGUUUCCCAGCACCGCAUGGACCCGAGGACUCGGCUCCCCAAUUUUCAAAUCUUUUUUUCAACGUCACCACUCAUCAUACACCGGCAUAUGAUUACGCGCCAAAUCCAGAUAAACAGUGGAUUCUACAGGUGACGCAAAAAAUGCUGCCAAUUCACAAACAAUUUACCGAUCUUCUCAUGACAAAGCGACUUCAAACUCUCCAAAGCGUUGACUCUGCCGUUGAAAGAAUCUAUCAAGAACUGAAAAACUUGGGCGAAUUGGACAAUACGUAUAUUAUUUAUACGUCGGAUCACGGCUAUCAUUUGGGCCAGUUUGGCUUGAUCAAGGGCAAGAGCUUUCCGUUCGAGUUUGACGUGCGUGUGCCAUUCCUGAUCCGAGGGCCGGGCAUCGAGCCAGGAUCCGUAGUAGAUGACAUAGUCUUGAACAUUGACUUGGCGCCGACCUUCCUGGAUAUCGCUGGCGUUGAAACACCGCCAAGAAUGGACGGGCGUUCAUUUAAAAAACUCUUCUUCAAUAACAAAUCUGGACGGCGAUCCAAAUGUAAAUGGCCCGACACAUUCCUGAUUGAGUCUUCGGGUCGACGCGAAACACCUGAAUCGAUAGCUGAAGCAAAGGCUCGUGAAGCAAGAAAGCAAGCGAAAUUAAAUGUCAAUACUGCAAGUAUAAAUGACGACGGUGACACAAUAGAUUCGGAAGACUCGAUCUCUAGAAAAAUUAGCGAAAGCAACUCGGAUAACGAUCAAGACUUUUCUGACAUCGACGAUAUCGGUGAUGCCACUUUAGGCGAUCAUGCUGAAGCUGAGACGGAUAGCGAGUCACGAUUAGACAACGGCGUGAUCCAGCCGCAUCAGAGACAGCCAAACAACUUUCAUUCGCUGAAACAUGCGCGACUAGCGGCCGAGUGCUCACGACCCUCGGCCCAAGCGGACUGCCAACCCGGGCAGAAGUGGCGCUGCGAGAGGGAGGGUCAACGCUGGCGCCGGCAUAAGUGCCGAGGAGAUGGAAGCCAGGAGCAGAUCCCAGGAUCGACCGGGGCGACCACUCCCCGUAACGCUUGGAAAAAGUGUGCCUGCUUCACGCCUAACGGCGUCGUUUACAGGCGCCUCGAGGCCAACGACUUUAACGGACACCGUUUCGUCUUUGGCAAAGAGAGCAGGUUCACAGGUCCUUACGGACAAGUGCAGGCGGUCGCUCCUAGACGAGGUAAAAGAAAUAUAAAAGAUGGCAAGUUAGUCAGAGAUUCGGAAGACUUUGAUACUAAGACAUUAAAUGCUUUUAUACAUAGUCAUUUGGACAUUGACGAUAUAAUUACUAGGCAUCACAGAAUACGUAGAAGUACUACGAAGAAAGAUAGUAUUGAACAUGUGACUAAAAUUAUGGAGAGCAUCGAAGAAGAAUUGGAUGAUCUUAAGGCGAAACAUUCAAAUUCGGAUAAACAGUUUACACCAAAAUGUUCGAUCCUUCCUCGUGGUGAUGUAAACUGCACUCAAUCCGUUUAUAAGGAUCCAAACGAGUGGCGUAUAUCUAGAAAGGAAAUCGAACAACAAAUUCGUAAUAUGAGAAUGCAACUAGAGACUCUAAAGGAGAUCCGACGUCAUUUAAUGCUUAAGCGUCCACAAGUAUCGAAUAAUGAAGAACAUGAACAAUACUGGCCAAAAUAUGUAGAUGAGACAACGAAUAAUUCAUCACAGUAUAAGGGACAUUCACGACAUCCCAACAUUAAUAGUAACGUCUCUCAUAAUCACACAAGUCGGCAUCACCGAAAGCAUGAAAAAGACGUUCAUCAUGGCUUUGAAAUUUCAACCAAUUCAAGUCCCAUUGUUUCUAGCGGUGCACGCACCGUCAAUUAUCAGAACAGGAUUUUCAGCGCCGGUAGUGAACAAACGACAGAGAAUUCCGCCUUUUCGACGUCAGGAAUGGAAGGAUCGAUGGCUUUAGCAACGCCAAGACCAAAAAAAAAUGGUUGUCGACAGAAAAUCGAGAGUGCUAGCGGCUUACAAAUCAAUACCGAUGACGAAAAAUAUCAACAACGACGUAGAAAAACUCAUUUACGACGAAAAAACAAUACCUUAUUAACAAAUAGUGUACACGAAGAUAUUGUAACUUCGGAUGCAAGAUCGACCGAAGCUACGGUGGAAAUUACCUUAUCGGAAAAAUACUUUGUAACGGGAAACGAACGUAAUGACAAAUCUUCUCAAAUUCAAAAGCUAUUACCAACUACUUCAACAAUAUUAACCAGCGUAAAGGCAGCCGAGGACUCUUCGGAUAAUUCACUUCUGAGACGAAUAGUACAAACUACUGAUAAUUAUGAACAUCCUUUGGAGUCCAUUGACAAAUUUUCGAUUUCCUCGACUGAUAAGCCUACUAGUCGUACAUGGAUCAAUGAAAGCACUAUGAAUAUAAUACUACCAACAACCUCGAUAUCUUCAAUAUCAUCAACGAGUUCAACAGGGACAACGACAGAGACAACCAUCAGCGCGGCUAACAACAACGAAAACUUAGAAUGGAAUCUUAAUCCAAAAAAAACUUCAAAAACAUCACAUCGGAUUAGACCAAUAACUAAUUUAAAUAAUCAUGGUCGAAAAGAUGAGUUCCUCGAUUCAACGGAUAAGCAAACGCGAAAACAUCCAACGUCGUAUUCUUCUAAAACACCAUUAACACAAGAACUUCAACAUAAAUGUUUUUGCGAAUCGGAUACUUACAUUAGAGACGAGAAGGAGGUGGCGAAGGAAGAAAAGCGAAGACUCAAGGAGGAGCGUAUACGGAAGAAAGAGCGCAAGCUCAGGAAGAAGGCCAAAUUGGAAAAGGAGUGCUUGACGGAAAAAAUGAACUGCUUCGAACAUGACAAUGAUCAUUGGCGUACUGCACCCCUAUGGAACGCUGGACCUUUCUGCUUUUGUAUGAACGCCAAUAAUAAUACGUACUCCUGUCUCCGUACCAUUAACGCUACGCACAAUUUUCUUUAUUGUGAGUUCACCACUGGUCUCGUCACUUUUUACAACUUGCGAAUCGACCCAUUUGAGCAAUGGAAUAGAAUAUCCUCGUUAAAUCCACUGGAAAAGUCAUACCUGCAUGAUCAACUAGAGCACUUGAAACGAUGCAGAGGCACUCAUGAUUGUACCGUGGGUGUUGCAAGAGAAAACGUAAAAGAUAUGCUUAUUCAGCAACAGCAAAGAUCUAUGCUCAAAAGAAAAUAUUCCGAUGCGUUUGGUGAAACUUUCGUUCCAUCAACUUUACAAAUAGUCAGUGAUAGUGAAUUACUUCAUUCGCAAAAUCGAAGACGCAGUAAAAAAUGGCCCUAGUAAUAUUUCUAUUAUUCUUAUUAUAAUAGGUUUUAUAAUUAUAAUAUUUCUAAAACUCAUUUUUUAUUUUGUAGUUUUUGGAAUAGACAUAAUCGAAGCUGGCAAAGUAGCAGGCGAUAUCAUGAUGAUAUAACGAGUCUAAGAAGGCAGCGGCAUCACACGUAGUUUUAUUAAUCAAUUGCUAAUUUGAUUUUACUUUUUGUCAGUACUCUUACAGAGAUAUUGGGUAAUUAAUAGUUGUUUUUAACAUUACUUUAUUUAACAAAA